GAGGUCUGGGUCAGACUCUACGGUAAGCGCUUGAAGCAAAAGACGCCACCUCCCAAAUGUCAAGUGGGUGAUCGCGUACGCCUGAACAAGAAACAUCGACCCUUUCAAAAAGGGUAUCUACCUGGAUGGACAGAAGAAGUGUUUGUGGUCACGCAUGUACGUCGACAUCCCAUCGUCACCUAUCGACUCAGUGAAUGGGACGGUACGCCUAUAAAAGGUACGUUUUACGAACCCGAUGUGCAAAAAGUGCAAGUGUCCGAUGACUCGUUAUUUCGGGUCGAAAAAGUCUUGAAACGUAAAGGACGCAACGUGUUAGUGCGCUGGAAAGGCUGGCCACCCAAGUACGAUAGUUGGAUUCCCGCCCAUGGUGCGAAGAAAACAAACAACACAACGAAAAAAAAAAAGAAGAAGUAGACGGUUUCUGUACCCAAUACCCACUGAAGCCAGUUACACGUCACCCUACAUGGAUGAGGUCGAGAUGAUGAAGUUUAUUAACAAGGAAGCGGCGAAACAAAGACGAGCCAAAGUGAACAGAAUGGCUGGGCUCGCCUUUGGUGAGCAAGCUCUUCGUGCUUACACAACUGCCCAAAAGAAACAACGCCGGCGCGCUGGUCGUCAUCCGCCCAUGCGCAAGAAGAAAAAAACCACCAAACAAAAAACUUGCUUAACGUUAAUGGAAUUGGCACAAGCGUUUCCCAACAUUGCUCAGCAAGUAUGUUUUUAUCCCAAACAAUCAACCUUUAAUUCUUUAGUGGCACGGGUUCCUCGUAGCAAACAGAAAGUAGUUCAGUGGCUAUAAAAGGACCCCGUACCCUCUGGGACGCGCCUCUUGUUCAUCAUGAGUGAGAUUAAACGCCUGACGCUCAUCAGCGACCCGACCGACGAGUUUCCCAAAAAUACUAACAACAGUUUCAAGGUCCGUCUGCCCGAACCUCUUUCCUUACCGGGCGAGGGCUGGUAUGCCUCGUUGUUGUCUCUGACCGUCCCGGAUGAAGGCCAGAGCAAUGCCAUCGUCGCUGCGGAUCCUCAUACCAAAGUGGUUCGAUUCACCUAUCCGCAAAUGAUCCGCAAAUGGACAGACACGGGCGACCCAUCAACCUCGGCGUAUCUGCGUAUAGACAUCCCAACGGUGACCCAAAUGCUCGAAUUGGAAGAGGUCAUGAAUGCGAGUCAAAUUGUGGCGACGGGGCGUCAGUUUUGGAAUCGCGUGAAGCAAGAAGUGCAUAACAAAAUCAUGACCGAAGCGAUGAGAAAACAAUGGGAAAUGCAGGUAGCCAAUCGCAACGAUAAACCCAUCGUGUUUGUCAAAAAACACGCCAUACCCCAGCUGAGUUGGAAAGAGGAGUCCCUGGUGAUUGAGGCGAUUCGCAAAAAGGAUUUACUGAACAUGGCUCAAAGCAACAUGGUGGAGUUUUACAUCAACUUGGACAUUGCGCUCACGUUUGGAUUGCUGCGCAGAAAGAAGGGCAAGACUGGCAACAACACGUCGGAUUUUGUUCUAGGUCCGAAUCUGCAAUAUUCCUUGCCGACCAACACCUAUGAUGAGACCACGCAACCCGUUGGCAGUCGAUUUCGUACCUAUUACAAUUGGGAAGGUGAAAAUUACGAGGGCGUCAACAACACCAGUAGAGCCUUUACGAUCAUGACAGCUGAUAAUGUCAAGUGGGUGAGGUUGUACCCAGCGUUAGAAUGGCAGAUGAACAACCUGGAUGCCUCGUUUGAAAAGAUGGUGGGGACUCGCAAACGCACCGUCAUGGUCUAUUCGGAUCUAGUCGAAUCCACUGUAGUAGGAAGUGGCAAGUUUCCCUUGCUGCGAGAAGUACAGUUAUUGAGAACUGGGGAUGGUGAAAGUACGGCAGAACCCCUGCACCACCAGUGGAUCAAACUGCGAGGACAACAAUUGGAUAUCUUGGAAGUGGAGAUUGCAAGUACCGCUGGACCCUUGACCAUCUUACCUCCCGGCAAAACCAUCGUGACGAUAGGUCUCAAACAGGUAUAAAAACUACCACGCACCCUUAGACGAGUAUCCUCAUAAUGAGUGAGAUUAAACGCUUGACGCUUAUCAGCGAUCCGACCGACGAGUUUCCCAAAAAUGCCAACAACAGUUUCAAGGUCCGUCUGCCCGAACGUCUCAACUUACCGGGCGCAGGAUGGCAUGCCUCAUUGAUGUCCCUGACCGUCCCGGACCAAGGACAGAGCAAUGCCAUCAUUGCGGCGGAUCCUCAUACCAAAGUGCUCAAAUUCAAAAUGACUUAUGUGAUCCGCAAGUUUCAGUUGGGCACCUAUCGACGAAUGGAAAUCAAAACCGUGGACUGUGCGGUGGAAUUGGAAGAGAUCAUGAAUGCGAAUCAAAUUGUGGCGACGGGGAGUCAGUUUUGGAAACGAGUGAUGCAAGAAGUGCACAAUAAAAUCAUGCACAAUGUGAUGAAUGAACAAAUGCGGCGUUUGAUCCUGGAGCCUGACAAAAAACCUAUUGUCAGCGCCAAACAAAACGCCAUGCCCCAACUGUCAUGGAAAAAAGGUGCCUUGGUAAUUAAGGCCCUUCCCCAAAUGGAUUUCAUUAAAGCGGACAAGAAAGCCAUCACUGACCUUUUCAUCAACCUGGACAUUGCGCUCAAGUUUGGGUUGGUGGUCGAAAAGACCAGUCAAAGCAGGACCUGGUAUCCAUUGGGGCCCAAUAUGCAAUACACGCUGCCCACCAAGACGUACGAUUCGACCACCCAACCCGCUGGCAAUCAGUUUCGCAGGGCAUACAACUGGGAAGGUACGCAGUACAUUGGCGUCAAUCCCACCUUAUUGUUUGGCGAUAUUGUAGCCAAUAUUGAACAUGAUCCCAUGCAAGUGGUGACCCAUGAUGGUGUGAAGUUUUUGCAAAUGUCCUUGUUGGCGGAAUGGCAGUUGAACAACCUGGAUGCCUCGUUUGAAAAGAUCGUGGGGACUCGCAAACGUACCGUCAUGGUCUAUUCGGAUCUCGUCGAAUCCACCGUGGUGGGCAGUGGCUAGUAUCCCCUGUUACGGGAAGUGCAAUUGUUGAGAACCGGCGAAGGGGAAAGUACGGCGGAACCCCUGCAUCAUCAAUGGAUCAAACUACGAGGCCAACAAUUGGAUAUCUUGGAAGUGGAGAUUGCGAGUACUAGUGGACCCCUGGCCAUCUUACCCCCUGGCAAAACCCUGGUGACCAUUGGUCUCAAACAGCUAUAAAAAGCCACCACACGCGUUCUGCAUGGUCCAAAAAGCACCACAACGUGAACCGAUCAUGCGCGGAGGUAGUUUAACGCGCUACCACACACCAGUGGUGACAACCCAAGAAGGAAAAGGGUUGGCCGAAGACUUAAUCAAACUAGCCGGUCCUCUCAUCGUGCAGCAAGCCCAAGCGGGACUGCAAGAUAUUCAACAAGGACUGAGUUUGGCCGACACCUUGUCGAAUCGUGGGGAGCAAAUUAAACGUGGUUUGAAACGCAAAGCUCCUGCCCUAGCCUGGACCGUGGGAAAAAACCAAGCCAAACGAACCGCUCAAAAUACCUAUAAAAGAACGACUCAACGCGUACGGGAUAUUUUUGGAUUGUGAAUUAUGGUACGCAUUGGAGGAUUUCGCAAAACGCAAAAUCGCAUUCGACUUCAGCGGCCCCGAGGCCGGUUCAUUUCACCGUAUCAAACGGGAGGGACUAUCUUUGGUAAAUCUACUACAGCGCGCUAUCCCUUCAUGUACUCAUCAUCCCCAGCACUAGAGCGUUGGAUGCUGAAACACCUGCAGCAACGUGGCAAGAUGAAAGGAGGUACGAUUUUUGGCAAGUCCACCCGCAUGCGAAUGCAAAAUCCCUUGAGAUUCCCAUCUACGUCCCAAGAGAAUGAGAUGAUGAUAGAACGCUGGCUGAAGCAACGUAUGAAAGGGGGAACUAUCUUUGGCAAGUCCAUGCGAAUGGGUAAUCCUUUGAGAUUCCCAUCUACCUACCAGGAGGACCCCAAUUGGCUGGCUCGGAACGCUAUAAAAAGGAAACGUCGUUGAUGGUCUUCACUGUCAUUGCGGACUUGGCGCUGACCGAAAAAAACAUGUCGCUCAAUUUGUUUGAUGUCCCGAAUGUGGAUUACCGGUACGAAGCCUCCAGGGACGUGACGUUUCAACCUGCCUUGACGGGAAUACAGCCCAUCACGUUUUCCAUCCCGGCCUCUGAAGAUUAUUAUGAUCUCAACGAACUCCGUUUUCAAGUCAAAGUACGUCUGACUGAUCCUGCCGGUGGGUAUCAAGGAUUGAAAGGCAAUGUGGCCAAUUCCGAUGCCAACAAUACCAGAAACACCUACUGCGUGAACAAUUUUGCCCACUCCAUCUUUCGAGAUAUUACCAUGAGCAUGAAUGGCGUCCUCAUGACUGAACAGAGCAAUACCUACCAUUACAGAGCCUACUUGGAAACCUUAUUGAAUUACAACAGAGAAGAAGGAACCACCAAGUUAGCCCCUCAAGGCUGGGUGAAUCAACUCAAUGUGAUUGAGGAAAUGGGGGCCACAGGUGCCAAUUCCGAUACCCCUACCGGUGUUGAUUGGAAUGGAAAUGUAGAAUUGCGAGCCUUGACCAGCCGGUUGCUAAGCGAAAAUUGGCACACCUUUAUCAUCCGUCCUCAUUUACCACCUCUCAAGACGGGUAAAUGUUUGGUGCCUGGUGUCCAGUUGGACUUUGAAUUGUUCCUAAACCCCAACUCUGUGUACUUGAUGGGUACCCCUAACAAAGGGACCUUGAACGACAAGAAAUUUCCCGCCAUCCAUAAUGAUGACAUCAAAGUCACCUUACUGAUGCGAAAAGUGACCUUGAACGCGAGUGUCUAUGUCAGACUGCAAAAAGAAAGACAACUGGGAAAAAAGAUUGUGCGCUACCCAGUGGUUCGAAGUGAAAUCCGCACCUUCUCCUUUGAUGGAAGAACUACCCAGUGGGAACAAGACAAUUUGUUUGUGGGUCGAUUUCCCGAUCGAGUGAUAAUGGGAUUGCUGCAUUCUAAUGCCUUCAAUGGUGACCUACAAAGAUACACCUUUGCCUUUGAAAAGUUUGGGGUGACCCAAGAGCGACAAAGUUUGAAUGGAGAAGAAUAUCCUUACAGAACCCUAGAACUAACAGGAAAUCAAGCUUAUGAAGAUCUACUGGGCUACGAUCGGUUUUUACAAGCCAUGGGUUCCUAUAAUGAAGACAAGAUCCCCAUGCUGUUACCUAGUGAUUGGGGACAGGAGAAGAACUGCACGUUGUUUAUGUUCAACAAUGUGCCAAGCGGCAAAGCCGAUGACCCACAGUAUCGCAACCCUCGUCAAUCGGGAAAUGUGCGACUGGUGAUUGAUUUCAGGGCCGCUGUUAAUCACAACAUCACUGUGUUGGUGUGGAGCGAGUAUGAAAACGUGUACGAGAUUAAUCAUCUGGGAGGUAUAAAGUACAACAUCAACGGCUGA